UUUUUUUUUUUUUUUCUUUAAUAAGAAAUACGGUUUCUUUUUAUUUUUGUGGGGUUUGGCCGGAGGGGAAACAAAGGAGAGGAAUGCCGUUGGGUAAGUACUACUGUGACUACUGCGAUAAGCAGUUUCAGGACACCCCUUUCCACCGGAAACGCCACCUUCAGGGCCUUCUCCACCAGAAAGCCAAAGCUCUCUGGUACGCCUCCAUACCACGAGAUCCCAAUCAAGUAUCCCUACAAUCAUCAACUGCUGGACUCUGCAAUCGCUUCAUCCGAACGGGUUCAUGCCCAUAUGGUGAUUCAUGUAAAUAUGUUCAUCCCAAUCAAAACCUUCCAAACAUGAACAUGCAGGGUUUUGCAGUUACAAAUAGCAUUGAAACUCAAUUGCCAAGUUUCCCAGGGAGUCAGUCCAUUGAAAGAUCCUCACUCUCAGGCGGCAUGGUAGUAGAUAGGAUGGGUGUUAUGCUUGGAAAUUUACCUCCAUCGUUAAGACCGCCACCAGAAGGUGGAUAUCCACCUCUUCCAUUUGUAGAUUGGGGAUAGGUUUGUGUUGUAUCAUUUAAAUACUUAAUUUUGUUGUAUAUGAAUAAACUAUUGGUUUUGUUUAUUGGGUAAAAUACAGAAAAACCUUUGUAUUUUCAUCGUUUUAUUGCUUAAUUAUUUAUUUUUCGUAGUGAGCGAACCAAUACAUAUAUAAAAAACAUUUUUUGAGGUUCUUUGAAAAAUAAAGAAAAGCAUGACCUAGUUUUACUAUUUUAUUGAUAUAGCCAUUGAACUAUUAUUAUUAUUAAGAUAAAAUUCCACCAUUAGUUCUUGUGGUUAACAAAGUCACACACUAAGCUGCUUACGAGUUUCAAUUUCUUGCAUGGUUGGUCAUUAUGGCAUGUAAAAUGUUUUUUAUAUCCUUAUUAUUAUUAUUAUUAUUUUUUAAUAUAUUUACUUUUUUACUUAUUUACAAUUUUGGAUUAAUAUUAAAUUAUAAAAUUCCAAUGCAACCCAA